AUGUGAUUCGCGUUUCCACGAGCACAGUGUAACACCGCCCACCGACUUCCAUGAAGCCCCUUCCUCUCCGCCGCCUCUGCUCCCUCUCUAAAACCGUCUCCUCCUCAGCCGCUGCCGUCGCUUUACCUUCUCCCUCCCGACCUCCACCCUCUUUCUCCCUCUCUCCCGCGCAGGAUCCUAUCACUCUCCUCUGCGACCGAGGUCGCUUCUCCGAAGCCAUCGAUCUCCUCUCCUGCCAGCGCCGCCUACCCCCCAGCGCCCCCCGCCGCCUCGACAUCUCCUCCUCCGCCCGACGCAUCGCCUCCGCCGCUAUUUCCUCCGGCGUCUCCCUCCCCCUCGUCCUCGCCAACCGCCUUCUCGACCUGCUUGCCAAGUCUGGCGCCCUCCCCGAUGCACGCCUCCUGUUCGACUCAUUGCCCCAUAGGGACGUCUGCUCCUGGAACACUCUUCUCGCCGGGUAUUCCUUCGCCGGGGACCUCGAUGAGGCAAAGAGGCUUUUUGACCGCAUGCCCGAUAGGGAUCACUUUUCUUGGAGUACCAUUUUGUCCGCGCACUCUAGGCGUGGCCUCCCGGGAGAGGCACUCCACUUCUACCGCAGUAUGCUGAGGGCAAGUAACGGAAAAGGUGCAAUCUUUAGUAAUAGAUUCACAGCUUCCAGCGCCCUUGCUGCUGCCACUGCUGUCCCUUGCCUCCGGCAUGGAAAGGAGAUACAUUGCCACAUAGUUCGAAUGGGCUUUGACUCGGACGCGAUCGUCUGGAGUGCACUUUCGGAUAUGUACGCCAAAUGUGGAUGUAUUAAUGAUGCACGACAUGUGUUCGAUCGGAUUGCUGAUAAAGAUGUUGUUUCCUGGACAACUAUGAUUGGGAGGUACUUCGAUAGCGGACAGAGGAUGGAGGGGUUUUAUCUGUUUUCGCAGAUGUUAAGAUUAGGCGUCCAACCAAAUGAGUUCACUUUUGCAGGAGUUUUAGAUGCUUGCUCGCAUUUAGCUAUGGAAGGCUUAGGAAGGCAGGUCCAUGGGUACAUGACAAGGAUUGGAUAUGGUCCAUUGUCAUUCUCCGUCAGUGCUCUUGUGCACAUGUACUCAAAAUGUGGAAAUAUAGAAAAGGCCAGUGUUGUCUUCAAAGGGAUGUCUCGGCCAGACUUGGUCUCAUGGACUUCGAUAAUUUGUGGAUGUGCUCAAAAUGGGCAUUCAGAGGAGGCAACAAGAUUCUUUGAUUUAUUGUUACAAUCAGGUACCAAACCAGACCAAAUAGUAUUCAUUGGAGUACUUUCAGCUUGUGCUCAUGCAGGAUUUAUCGAUAAAGGUCUAAGAAUAUUUCAUUCCAUAAAAGAUGAGCACUCACUGGAGCACACUUCAGAUCACUAUGCUUGUGUUGUUGAUCUUCUCAGCCGGGCUGGUCGAUUUGAGGAAGCUGAGGAGAUUAUAGAGAAGAUGCCAAUGAAGCCUGAUAAAUUCCUCUGGGCCUCGUUGCUUGGUGGUUGUAGGCUUCAUAAGAAUCUUAGAUUGGGAAAACGGGCUGCUGAAGCAUUGUUUGACUUAGAACCUGAGAAUGCAGCGAGUUAUGUAACUUUAGCUAACAUUUAUGCGGCUGCUGGCAUGUGGGAUGAAGUGGAGAAAGUCAGAAAGACAAUGGACCAGUUAGGAGUGAUCAAGAAGCCUGGAUCAAGUUGGAUUGAGGUUAAGAGAAAAUUUCACGUGUUCUUAGUGGGAGAUAAGUCACACCCUAUGACAGAGGAUAUUUAUAUGCAAUUGGACAAGUUCAAUAAGAGAAUGAAAGAGGAAGGAUAUGUCCCGGACACAGAUUAUGUUCUGCAUGAUGUGGAAGAUGAGCAGAAGGAAGAGAACUUAGCGUAUCAUAGUGAAAAGCUCGCAGUUGUAUUUGGGAUCAUUGCUACUCCACAGGAUACACCUAUCAAAGUUUUUAAGAAUCUACGAAUUUGUGGAGAUUGCCAUACUGCUAUCAAGUUUAUUUCUCGGAUUAGUCGAAGAAUAAUCAUAGUGAGGGAUUCAAGUAGGUUCCAUCACUUCAAGGAAGGGAUGUGUUCCUGCAGAGAUUAUUGGUAAUUGAGCCAUUUAUCGUUCUUUUUGGUGAAUGAAAGGAUCAAUUGGUAACUUGAGCUAUUUAUCAUUUUAUCUUUUUAGUUUGAUUGGAAACAAAUAUUCUGUUGUUUACCAAUUACCAACAUGCUUAGCAAAUAAAUGAGUCAUGCUUAUUUUCGGA